AUGAAUAAAAAACAACAAAUUUUUCGAAAUUAUUGCAUGAGUAACGUACGAAAGUUUAUGUCCGAAACAAGUUUACAUGGAUUAAAAUUUGUGGCUGAUACAACGAUUACUAUUUGGGAGAGAUUGUUUUUCUUAAUUUCUUUUGUGACAGCAUUUGUAAUUGCUAUAAAUUUAAUAUCGAAUAUUUAUGCAAAAUGGGUCAAUACUCCAGUUAUUAUAGGUGUAAGUCCAGAACCAACAUCAAUAUUGCAAGUACCUUUUCCAGCUAUUACAAUUUGUAAUAUGAACCAAGUACUGCUGAGUAAAGUUUCAAAUUACAGCGACGAUUCAGUUGAAGGUGCUGUAAUGAAAUUACUUUGCUAUUCUGAAGUUGAAUUGGAGGGAGCAUUGUACGAAUCACCAAGUUUUAAAAAUAAUAAUUUGAGUUUAACAGAAUUUUUAGUACAGCACGCUCAACCAUGUUCAAGAAUGCUUAUAGCAUGUAAAAUGAAUGCCUUUCUUUUCAACUGUAGUGAUUUGUUUCAGGAAGUAGUAACUGAUGAAGGAUUAUGUUGCGUAUUUAAUGUAUUACAUCCUGAUUUUCUAUACAAAGGAAGCUUUCAAGUAAUCAAAAAUUUGACAAACAAUGAUAAAACACAACCUGUGGACUGGGAUCCUGAAACUGGUUAUAACACAAAUUUAUCAAAAAGUUAUUAUCCGAGACCAGCCAAAGGUACCGGGGUAAGCAUGGGUAUGUCUCUAAUGUUAAAUGCUGAAAUAGACGAAUAUACAUGUUCAUCAACAAAUGGAGCUGGGUUUAAGGUUUCUCUCCACAAUCCAAUUGAAACUCCACAUAUUAAGGAAACAGGUUUGACAAUUCCCAUAGGUUAUGAGACAAGAGUUCGUAUAGAUGCAGUACGUACAGAGGCAGUAGAAAGUAUAAGAUCAAUAGCAAUUGAUUCACGUCAAUGUCUAUUUAAAAAUGAAGUAGAACUACUUUAUUAUAAAUAUUAUACACGACGCCAUUGUGAGAGCGAGUGUCAAUCUCAGUAUGUAUACGAAAACUGUAACUGUAUUCCAUAUAAUUUACCAUUGGUGUACUCAAAUUCGACCAUAUGCACUGCUAAAGAGAGUUUUUGUGUAAAGGAUGCAGAGUUGGUCUGGAUGGUUCAAACAAAUAUUACUUGCCGCAGCAAAUGUUUACCAAGUUGUUUCGAUCUUAGUUUUAUAGCAGAUACAUUUUCAUCACCUUUAGCCAAACGAAAUUACUUAAUACCUAGUGUUAUUUUACGUAAUAUGAAUAAAACUAACGUCACCGAAAAUAUAGCCAUCUUACAUUUUUAUUAUCGCGAAUCUGUUUUUUAUGGUGAACUUCGAAAUAUAUAUAUCGGAUUAACUGAAUUUUUAUCUAAUACUGGUGGUAUAAUGGGCCUAUUUAUGGGAUUCGGCUUUAUUUCAAUAGCGGAAAUUGUCUAUUUUACAUUUUUAAGACCAAUUUUU